AGGAUUGACACAGUACAAACCCAUAUUUUUUGUGCCUUUUGCUGCCAUUUUAUUAGCAGCAUUUCUUCAAGAAAGAAAAGCAGUGAAAGAGCCCAGCUAUGGAGGGACAGAGGAAAACUGAACAAAAAGGCUGCAUCAAGAGCAGCAGAGGCCCUUGGGUGGUUCAUAAAACCACAAAAAAUGGCGGUACAGUGACCAAGUAUCGGUUUCCAAGCGACAGCGAGAGACAAAAGAAUAGGCAGAGGGAGAAGAGGCGGCGGGCGGUGGCUAAGAAGAUCUUUGCAGGGCUAAGGGAGCAUGGAAACUACAAUCUGCCCAAGCAUGCUGACAGCAAUGAUCUGUUGAAGGCGCUUUGUGAGGAGGCCGGCUGGCAUGUGGAGGAGGAUGGAACCACUUACAAGAAGACAUUUAUGUCAGAAAUGCCAAGCUUAGUUGAGGUGGGUCCCAGACAACCGUUUGAGGAUGGGAUAUCAGAGGAUCAAGAUUACUGCACCUGCAAUGAUCAGAAUGGAGUCUUUCCCUUUGAAGCCUUCUCGGCAUUUGGGCAGGCUCCUCCUCCAGAGCGUAAUGCUAAGUCGACCCUUUCACUCUCUCUUUAGAAUGAAUUUACAAACCCCAG